AUGCCGGUCCUUUGCCUCCCUCCGCCUUCAACGGUAGUCAUCUCUGGUCGCCUCACGACAUCCAAUCCCUCCGUCAUGUGGCGCCGCAAAGUGGAUCAGAACCACAUGGUCAUAAUGGAUACCUGCUUCUUGACAUUUUGCGGUGUGAUGUACGUACCAGAUGAAGUCGCCGUCUGAUUCUCAGGAGGCCUUUGUUGACGCUCACUCUCUCUGCGCGCCUCUCUAGCUUCAUCGUGGUAGUGGUGACCGCCAUUGCACUCAUGGUGUGGACGCCGUACCGCUUGAGGCGAGAGUUGCGCCGAGCUGCCAAGGCCGAUCUGGAGCGCGGUGAAAUGACUGUGCAGCUGCAGACGAUCUGCCUUGCCUACAGCGAGCGCGAGCGUCAAGUUGUUCAUGUUGUGCAGGAGAACACCAUUGUGAAGCGCAAGAAGGCAGAGCUCCUGCAGAAGAUCGACGUCCUGGAGUGCAAGAACGGCAAGCUUGCGCAGGAAAACGUCAACCUCAAGCGCAGCAACGGCGAGCUCGAAGCUGAGGCUCGAGCCUUUUCCUCUUGGUCCCCCUCCCCUCACUUUCAACCUUCACUCUCUUGUGACUGCAUGUUGCAAAGCUUUUGA